GAGUGUACUUGCAUUUUAAAUCAUUCAUGUGAUCUUGUAAAGGUAACGGCGAACAGGGAAAUAUUCCACAACCGAAACACGCCAUUUUGGAACGUGACACUGAGUUUGUUUGAAUAGACGAAUCCCUGACCAUGGACCAAUCCAACAGUGCCCAGGAUGCUGUACGCUGCACCCUGUGUCAAAGUCCUGAGAACCUAGUGUUUUGUGAAGUUUGCCAUACUCGUCUAGUAUGUAAAAACUGUCAUGAGAAAUAUCCAUAUGCAUCGGAAAAUCACACUGCUGUGAUACAUAAACAAUACUUGACCAAUUGCACAGACCGUUCACUAAUGGAUGAACCACAGUUUGGUUCUUUGUCAGCUUUAUAUUCUACAACAGAGGAAGAAAUAUACAAUAGGUCACCCCAGGGAGCCGAGUCCUCUCCCCCAGACCGGUCACUGAUGGAUGUAUCCCAGUUUGGUUCUCUGUCAGCAUUAUCGUUUACAACAGAGAAACAAGACUUCAGCAUGUCGCCCCAGGGAGCCGAGUCCUCUCCCCCAGACAGGUCACUGAUGAAUGUACCCCAGUUUAGUUCUCUGUCAGCAUUAUCGUUUACAACAGAGGAACAAGACUACAGCAUGCCGCCCCAGGGAGCCGAGUCCUCUCCCCAAGACCGGUCACUGAUGGAUGUACCCCAGAUCAGCGCAACUUUGGACACAGAGUAUGGAUAUCUUAACGGUGUUACAUGUGUCAAUAAUAACGAAGUAUGGACGUGUGGUAAUGAAAACACAAUGAAACUCUAUAAUCUCAAAGAGGAACUACUAAAGUCAAUCCAAACAGAGUCAGGGAACGAGCCACGGGACAUAACAGUGACAAAGGAUGGGAACCUAGUUUAUACUGAUUACAAAAAAGGAACUGUGAACAUAGUUCAGAACUCAACGGUACAAGAAUCGAUCAGUAUACAGGAAUGGAAACCUCACGGUGUGUGUACUACCUCAUUAGGUGACUUCCUGGUUGUCAUGGAUAAUAUUCAUAAUGGAGAGGUAAAAGUCGUGCGUUACUCUGGCUCGACAGAAAAACCAAGUAUUAAACCCGAUGACAAAGGACAACCUCUCUAUUUAUCUACUGGUUACAUUAAAUAUAUCAGUGAAAAUAGGAAUCAAGAUAUAUGUGUAUCUAGUUAUCAAGACCAUGCAAUAGUGGUGGUCAAUCAGGCCGGAAAACACCGUUUUACAUAUAACGGCCCUCCAUUUACUCCACCUUCCUUUUUCAAACCGUUCGGCAUUGCUACAGACAGUCAGAGUCGGAUCCUGACAGCUGACCGUGACAACCACUGUAUCCACAUCCUGGAUCAAGACGGACAGUUCCUCCGCUACAUUGAUAACUGUGAAUUACAGCUACCAUGGGGUUUAUGUGUGGACACUAGAGACAACCUCUUUGUGGCUGAGUGGUACACAAGAAAAGUGAAAAAAAUACAAUAUUACACGUAAACUAACCUGUGUACUAUAUGUUUACAAACAACAUGAGUACAUGUAUAUUUUGUUUGCAGUGUACAAGUCAACGACUUAUUUUACUUUUAUAUAUAUAUAUGGUCACAAAACCUCAAUUCAAGUAAUAAACGAGCCAACAACAAUAA